CAGAGAAAACAUCCUCCUCCUCCUCCUGCAGCCAUCGACGAAACUUCAAAGCGGACUUCGCAGUUUGCCACCGUCGGAUUUGUGUUUUUUGAAAACCGGAGAAGAGGCUCAAGCAUGUGAGAGUUUCUGCGGGAGAAGCCUGAGACGAUAGCGGGGAGAUGAGCUCCACUGGGCUGCCAACGGUACAUUACUAGAGCGUCUUUGUUCUCCUGCUUGUUGAAGUGUAACUCUCGGUUCAAUCAUGGCUCGCGGCUGCAUCUGCUGUGUGAAAUACAUGCUCUUCCUCUUCAACCUCCUCUUCUGGCUGGGUGGCUGUGGACUGUUGGGUGUCGGCGUUUGGCUGUCGGUUUCUCAGGGCAGCUUUGCCACCCUGUCGCCCUCCUUCCCGUCGCUCUCCGCCGCCAACCUCAUCAUCACCCUCGGCACUGUCGUCAUGGUGACAGGUUUCCUGGGUUGCCUGGGUGCCAUCAAGGAGAACAAGUGCCUGCUGCUGAGCUUCUUCAUCGUUCUGUUGAUCAUCCUCUUGGCCGAACUCAUCCUCCUCAUCCUCUUCUUUGUGUACACCGACAAGGUGAGUGAAAAUGCCAGACGGGACCUAAAAGAAGGUCUGGUUCUGUACAACACGGACAACAACGCUGGCCUGAGGGAUGCAUGGAACACGAUUCAGGGAGAGUGGAGGUGUUGUGGCGUGAUGAACCACAAUGAUUGGUACACUGCCCUGCAUGAAAACGUGGUUCCUGACCGCUGCUGCCAGCAGAUUUUCCCGGGCUGUGGACGCAAUGCUUCCAAUGCCUUCUGGACACGGGGUUGCUAUGAGAAGGUAGAGGAGUGGCUGGAUGACAACAAGCACCUUCUGGGAACCAUCGCUAUGUGUGUGUUAGUCAUACAGCUGCUUGGUAUGGCUUUCUCCAUGACGCUUUACCAACAGAUCCACCGAGCAGGGAAGAAGUAUGAAGCUUGAGAGGAUUAACGUUUCAAACACUUAAGCCUGGGUACAUAAAAUAUCACCUGCGUUCUUUUGUAGUAAAAAAAAAUAAGUCAGUUAUCACGUGUGCCACUACAGCCUUUUAUCCUGCAUUUUUUGUCCCUUCUUGCACCCAGUUAUUGUUGUGAAUAGCAUUUUAAACUAGUUUUUUAUGGGUAGUGUUUGUUUUUUUUGGUUAUUAUCACUAUAAUAUGUAAAAUGAUCUGAUGAGGAUUGCUCUGUGACAGUCAGAAUGGAGAGAAAAGACUGAAGCCUAGUCUACAUGUACGUUGCUAUUUUUACUUCAGUGCCUUCAAGAGCAUGUCAAAGCAACAAGUGGUGAUAUCACAACAACUGUAAAGCCCCGCUGGCCAAUCAGAAGCCUGAGAAAAGGUCAUACUAGGUCCAGCAGGCUGCCAACAAUGGGGCAUCAAGUAAACAGGAAAUCAUAUGUGUAAACAGGUUUCAAGUCCUGUUAGCAGCGUCAGCACCAGCACUACUUCAGCCAUAUCCGCCACUGCAUGUAAACAAAGGAGAUAACGUUGCACACUCUGAUGUCACAAGGCAGACACGCAAAUCUGCAUUUGCAUGUAAAAAAAAAAAAGGUCAAAACAUAUUUUUUAAAAAUGCCAAUGUACAUGUGGAUAAGGUGUGAAAAUAAAUAAUCCAGUUGUUAAGAGCCAUGCCUGUGGAAAAACAAAAAACAUUAAAAUAAAACAAGCAUUGUGUACUAACAUGUUCAAUAAAGCCAGAGAGCACUAUUCAUUUAUGAACA